GAUCCCUCCCCGCCCCCCGAUCUCAGCAACAAGAUCCCGAAGCUCGUCCCCCGCAAGCGCGCCCCCGUCAAGCGUGAAGCGCCGGCUGCCCCUCCCCCGCCGACGCCGCCGUUACCUCCGCCGCCAGAUCUCACAGAGCAUACGUACGUGCACCCGUCGCGGAGGAUCCUGAGCCCGGAGGACCAUGAGCUGUUUCUCCAGAGUCCGGCCUGCAAGCUCGUGGAAGCCUUCAUCUUCGGGCUCGCAGACAGCGUGCGCGACAAGCCCAUCUCGAGCGUGAAGAAAGACGAAGUCUCCCCCGUCGUCAAGACGAUUCUGCACCUCCUCAAGGAAGCAGAAGCCAUACUCGACCGCUGCCCGCCCGAAGACACCGGCUCGCGCUUCGGCAACCCCGUCUUCCGCACCUUCCUCGACGAAGUCGCCGCCGCCCUCCCAGCAUGGCACGCGCAGCUGCACCUCACCGACGCUGCGCAAGUAAACGAGAUAUCAUCCUACCUGCACAACAGCUUCGGCAACAAGCGCCGCAUCGACUACGGCUCCGGCCACGAGCUGAACUUCUUCCUCUGGCUGCUGUGCCUGAACCGGCUGUCGCUGCUCCCGCCGCCGACGUUCCCCGCGCUCGCGCUCGUCGUGCUGCCCGCAUACCUGCGCCUCAUGCGGAAGAUACAGGAAGCGUACUAUCUCGAGCCCGCGGGUAGCCACGGCGUCUGGGGCCUGGAUGACUACCAGUUCCUGCCGUUCCUGUUCGGCGCGAGCCAGCUGCUGCACCACGCGUACAUCACGCCGAAGGCGAUACACAACCAGCUCGUGCUGGAGGAAGAGGGGCCCGAGUACUUGUACAUCGACCAGGUUGCCUUCGUGAACAGCGUGAAGAACGUCGAGGGGCUGCGCUGGCACUCGCCCAUGCUGGACGACAUAUCCGCGGCGAAGUCGUGGGUCAAGAUCGAGGCUGGCAUGCGCAAGAUGUUCGUCAAGGAGAUACUGGAGAAGUUGCCCGUCAUGCAGCACUUCCUGUUUGGGAGCUUGAUACCGGCUGUUGAGGGGAUGAGUAAGGAGGACGAUUUUGGACUGGGGGAUGAAAGCGAGGAUGAGGAAGGCGGGGAGGUCAAGGUGUUUACGGAUGAGGAGGGGACGAGGCAUGUGCAUUCGCAGGCCGGAUGGGGCGAUUGCUGUGGGAUUAGAGUGCCGGCUGCGGUCGGGGCAGAAGGAGAGGAAAGGAAGAUGGGCAUGGGGCACCGGCUGAGGAGGGUGCCGUUUGAUUGA